UGAAAAUCCCGCGCUGCCACUGGCCCGCUGGGAUCCGCCGCCCUCCGUCACCGCGUCCACUUCCGUCCCGGAGGGAGGCACGCCCGCGGCUGGCCCGUGACGGUCGCCCUGGGACGCUCCGGCCUCACUCCCUCGCAGGGUGGACAGCGGUCUGCAGGCGGCUGAGCAGCCUGACUUAAAUCCCUACCAUGGCUAACGAAGCUAAUCCUUGUCCGUGUGACAUUGGCCAUAAGAUGGAGUAUGGAGGGAUGGGGUGUGAAGUUCAAGUGGAGCACAUCAAGGCUUAUGUCACCAGAUCCCCCGUCAACACGGGCAAAGCCGUGAUCGUCAUUCAAGAUGUAUUCGGCUGGCAACUGCCCAAUACUAGAUAUAUGGCUGACAUGAUUGCAGGAAAUGGCUACACAACCAUCGUUCCGGACUUCUUUGUAGGGCAAGAGCCAUGGCACCCCUCUGCGGACUUUUCCACCUUCCCUGAGUGGCUGAAAACAAGAAAUGCCAGAAAGAUCGAUAAAGAGGUCGAUGCAGUCUUGAAGUAUCUGAAAGAACAGUGUCACGCCCAGAACAUUGGUGUCGUGGGAUUCUGCUGGGGCGGAAUUGCUGUCCAUCACUUGAUGAUGCAAUACCCGGAAUUCAGGGCAGGGGUGGCUCUCUAUGGCCUCAUCAGGGAUUCCGAAGACGUCCACUGUUUGAAGAACCCCACGCUGUUCAUUUUCGCUGAAAACGAUCCCGUGAUCCCUCUCGAGCAGGUCUCUUUGCUAACCCAGAAGUUGAAAGAACACUGCAAAGUGGAAUAUCAAAUUAAAACAUUUUCUGGGCAAACUCAUGGAUUUGUGCAUCGAAAGAGAGAAGACUGUUCACCUGAAGACAAGCCCUAUAUUGAAGAGGCGAGAAGGAAUUUACUCGAGUGGCUGAACAAGUACGUCUAGCAGAGGCCACGGGCAAACUUUCUCAGUGGCUUUCAUCUAGAAAUUUGCUUUGAAAUACUUAGAUCAUUUUAUUUCAUUUUCACUUGCUAUAAAAUAAACCAGAGAAUCCUGAAAUUCAGUGAGAAAUGUAAAUGUAUGAAAUACUUAAAUUUUACCAUGUACGUAAAUAAAACUUUUAAAAAUGAGUCAUGACUUGAUGAAUUUGAAUUUGAAUGACAGUAAUAUUCUAACGCUUAGGGAAUCCUGGGGCUGUUCAGGGACCAGCUGACAGCUCAGGUGUGGCCUUCCUUGUAUUUGACUACAUUCUGUAAAAUGACUAACGUUGUAAAGCCAUGGAAACAUACACUGUAAACUCAAGUAGAUUAAAAGCCCAACUUAGAUAUUUGUCAUAAUACAGAUGAAUCUCACAUUCAUAUAUUGCAUUGAGUGAUUAAAAUAGGGUUCUAUUGACCUAAUUAUGUCAACGUAGUAAACUUACUUUGUUUUUGAACUUGUGACUUUCUAAAAGCUAAUAAACGAUGGAUAGUUACCACCCA